AUGUUCCAUAAAUAUCAAGAGAAAAGCAGCUUUCCGCUGCUACAAAAUACUUCGACACCAUAUCGCGUUAAACGUGAAUCCAUAUUAAUUCCAGAUUGUUCGCAGGAUACUGGUUAUGGUACUCGUUCUUCGACUUUCCUUAGUCCUGGCCGCACCUCAGAGAAAGAUAUUUUCCCUGAAAGUAUAGAAGUUCAUGGACGUACCGGCAUUAGAAAUUCUUUACGGGGUAAGCGGCGUGUUGAUAUAUUGUCUGCCCUGAUGUCUUUUGAGAAAUCGGAAUAUAUACUUCUGAAAGUUCUUCGUUACCUGACUAUUUCUGACCGUCUUACAGUACUCAGUGUUUGUAAGUCUUGGUAUUCGUUGAAAUUGCGCUUUCCACGGCUGUUUACCGCUAGUAGGAAGCAUGAGGUGAUAUUAAAGGAGAAUUCGGUCAAGGGUUCACAAAGAUCAACAACCAGCCGUAAACCGUUGAGUGCGAUCAACUGUCCCAACUCCUGUACAAUUAAGAAUAGAGUUGAUAAGUUUGAUACUAAGGAGUUUUUGCAUCCAUGUCCCGUAUGCUCUGGAGUGGCGUUUUAUAGACCUAACGAAUGGCCGAAUCGUUUGCAUUGUCAGGCUUUGGACUGUGGUAUCUCUGUUUGUUAUAAUUGUCAGCGGGAGCACUCGCCGAGUGAUAAAUGUCAAAUGACACCAAACUCGCCAGUAUACAGAUUGUCUCCCAUUCAACCUCGGGCAUCCCCAACUCGCAGUCCAAGAGCCCGAGCCCGGUUAAUGAAAUCUUCUCUUCGUCGCUUGUAA